AUGUGGGAGAUUCAAUUGGAUGAGUAUCGUUUGGAUUUUUUCGACUGCCGUUCACAACCUUGGUAUUUACAAGCAUCAGCUUAUCCUAAAGAAAUGAUUAUACUAAUUGAUAAAAGUGGUAGUAUGAAAGGUCGAAGUGAUAUUUUAUCAAACGCUACAGCUGUUGAAAUAUUGAACACUUUAACAGACAAUGAUUAUUUCAAUGUGAUGCUACAGGCAGUACGCCGGGAUUACACAAGUAAAAAAACACCUUAUAUGAUGAAUCAGUUCACACUUAUAGUUUACGCGCUCAACCUAUCAUCUCAAUUGAUACACCUACGCCUAUGAGUCAUACUAUCAAGUUACACAGUCCAAUUAUAUAUUGGUGAUGGAGAGGGGCUAGCAGUGGAAUUUAGGACGCGCAUUUCGUCCUAUUUGAAACAUACGCAAUAUCCAAGCAUCCGCGUAGGAGCCCAUAUGCCAGUAGGGAUCGAUCAAAUUCUAUUCAGUCAACAACGGGAAAAUACAAGUAACAACAUUAAUCUGAUUGUAAUUAUGAUCUUAUAUGCACUUUAAAAUGCAUUCGCCACAAAUCAGGCAAUAACCAUAUUGACGACUUUGAUUUUAUAACUGUAGAACCUGACGACAAGUUACUGAGAAAGAAAAUUUUUCGUUCAUAUUUAACAUUUAAAGUGUGAACUGGGGAUCACUAGAUAUCUGUUAUCCGGGAAUGGUUGUCUCAGGCAAAGGAGCUGUGGUUCGUUGAGCAACGCGUUUUACUUUCUACCGUUGUGUUGUGCCGUCACACACUACCCCGAAAUCAACAGCCUAGGGUUUGGCAACAUUGAUGCUGACUUUGAUAGUUCAACUGGACUCGCUAAGCUGAAGGCACCCGGUCAAGCAUCCUCGCCAUUUGGCACACUGUCGUGUUACAUUACACUGCUCGUAUUCGACUCUCUAGCCAGUUAGUUGGAACGCAUCGGCAUCUUGGCACAACCAUCCAAAUAUACUAUUCCAUCCGACUACGCUAUCGUGUUCUUCCUUGGUCUGGUAUUCGUGGGCAUAUAACAAGUCCGAAUAAUUAGUGAUUGGUGUUU